GUGAGACCAGGAGUCCUCAGGCCGGCUCUGCUGCCCACCAGGAAGAUGAAGGUCUCUGCAGCUGCCCUCUCCUUCCUCAUCCUUGCUGCUGCCCUUGGAUCCCAGGCCCACGUCACACAUGAUACAGAGACAAGAAAACUCAUGGUGUCACAGCAUCAGUUUGAAGGCUCAAUUCGUCACCACGUUUUCUCUGCAGGCUUUUACCACCCUCCUGACUGCUGCUUCUCCUACACCCAACGAAGCAUCCGAUGUUUAUUCAUGAAAAGUUAUUUUGAAACGAGCAGUGGGUGCUCCCAGCCAGGUGUCAUCUUCCUCACUAAGAAGGGGCAACGUGUCUGUGCCAACCCCAGCGAUGAGCAAGUUCAGGAUUGCAUGAGAAAACUGAAGAGUUCCCCAAUAUCCAUGGACCCUGGAACAAUUAAAUUUACUUGAGAAGAGACACAAGUUACCAGCCGCCCACCUCCAACUCUCUUGCAAAAACUAUAUCCCAAAUUCUUUUUUUAAAAAAACAUUUAUUCUUCUGUUUUGGUUUUAAAGCAAUGCAUCUAAUAAAG